GUCGCUGUUAUUAUUUUUUACCCACGCUUGGGAACCAAGAGGCGUCUGAAUGAGAGGAUAAACAAACUGCACUGCAGCACAGUGGGCUAAUUGUUUCAGACUUUUACGAAUGGAAAAUGUGGACGACCCUAAAGAUAAAAGAAGCACAAUGGAGCUGCAGAAGGACAGCAUUUUAAAGUCGUUCAAGAAUCCCUUGACCUUUGCUAUAGACGACUUAGAAGAAAAAAAGAUGCUCCGAUCCAGGAUAGAAGAGCAGUCAAAAUUGAUAUUGCUGCUGAAACACAGAGCAGAUGAAACGCUUCUUCGAUACCUGGCCAUGCAGAACAUCAACUCAGAACUCAACGACCAAGUUGCACAAAUGCAGAAUGAAUUGAUCAGCAAAACAGAGCAUAUAGAGGCAUUGGAAAUCAGAUGUAACGACUUAGCCAUCGACAAGAACGCCAUGGAGUUUCAAAAAAAGCAAAGUGUUCAGUUAAUGAGAGAAAACCAACAGCUUCGAAAGGAAUUAGCCACAUGUGAGUUGAAACUACAAGAACAAGCAGCUCAACUUAAAAGCAGGGAGGAGUUCUUAUUGGGUCAGCUGUGUGAUGCUCAGCAGCGUCACACUGAUGCUGUGAAAAUGUGUGAAGAUUUUGAACAAAAACUAGAAGAGGUGGGAAAACAGCAUGCAGUGAUGGAAUCAAACAAAAAAGAAAGCACAUCAAAUGUCAAAAAAGGGAAAAACAAACUUCUGAAAAUGAAAAAAAGCAAAAUAAUACAGGAAAAAGAAGAGGAAAUUCGUCAACUUGAAGUCAAAUGGAAAGAAGAGAAGAAAGGUCGGAUUGAGGCACAGAAAAGGUUUGAACUGGAGGCAGAAGCAGCAGUCAAUACAGAUUUAAGAGUGAAAUCUCUACAAUCCGACCUUGAAGAAUCCAAGGCAAAGUUUAAAAAACUAAGCAUGGAUUUCAAAGCCCUCACAGAGCACAGCACCAACCUUCUUGAGCAGGAAAGAAACUUAAACAAAAGACUUCGAGAUGCGAUUGGACAAAUCUGAUGUUCAGUGUCUGACACUGCAAGCUAAAAAAAUAUAUCAUUUGAAAGGAUUGUUCACUUUGUUCAAAAACACAACAUUUUAUAAACCUUUUUUUAAUCCAGCAUUUUUCAUCUUUCCUGAAAGAUGUCAAUGUUUGUAAUUCUUUUCUGCAUCUCUCCUGUACUGUAAUGGUAGUAGAGGAGCAGAUACUGGAACAGCUAUAUUUAAAAAAGACAUACAUUAAAGGAUAUCUUCGUCAAAUGCA